UCCCAUCCCUAACUCUCCCUUUGUUUCUCACCCAUGGCGGAUGAAGAAGAGUGCAAUACCGGACUCGGCCUCGGACUUAGCGUCGGCAGAUACUAUCUGCCAAAAGGGAAGAGUCAGAAGGACAGCCCUCCGCCGCCAUGCUUAGAUCUCUCAGUUGCACUGUGCCCGAGAGAGGGAGCUCCCAAGGUGGAUAGUUCGUCCUCCAGAACUAUGGAAGAAGAAGAAGAUAAAAAGCGUGACUGUAAGAAUAACAGCAAGAACAUCAGUGGAAGAAAGAAAUUGAGACUCACCAAGGAGCAAUCAAGCUUGCUUGAAAACAGCUUCAAAUUGCACACCACCCUUAAUCCGGCAAAGAAACAAGCACUUGCAGAGCAAUUGAAUCUAAAACCGAGACAAGUUGAAGUCUGGUUUCAGAACAGAAGGGCAAGGACUAAGCUAAAGCAAACGGAAGUAGAUUGUGAAUUCUUGAAGAAGUGUUGUGAGAGCUUAAGCGAAGAGAACCGGAGGCUAAAGAAGGAGCUGCAAGAGCUGCGGUCCCUGAAAGCGGCCGCGCCACCGCCUUUGUUCAUCCAAAUUCCAAAGGCUACGACGCUUUCAAUGUGUCCUUCGUGCGAGAAAAUAGAAGGGAAGCCGGAUGUGGUCCUUAAGAACAAUAAAUAGCAGAGCGGCUUGGGUGGUAGUGGAUUAACAAAGAGUUAAACCAGUGUAAAUGGAGUAUAAGUCUAAAGUCUUAAAGUCUAAACCAAUAAGUCCUUGACAGUUAACAGUAGCCCCCAAGUCUUAAUUAGAUUUCGUCUAAAUUGUCAUAAUCAUACUUUAAUUUGUACCAUGGAGGUGUAACGAGUCAGUAACACUUAAAAUAUAAAGAAAUGUAGUUU